AUGGCGCAAGUCUUCAAGAUCAUACCAGCGACGCAGAAAUACGAUUGGGGGAAGAUUGGGCUUUCUUCGAAGGUAGCGCAGUAUGCUGCAGCUGCGAAGGUGCCUGGCUUUGAGCUGGAUGAGAAAGCCCCAUAUGCAGAGCUAUGGAUGGGCACACAUCACACCGCUCCGUCGCUACUACUCUCAUCGGGCUCACGUACGACUCUCGCGGAAUACCUUGCAGCCCAUCCUGAACUGAUGGGCAGCAGAGUGAUUGAGCGCUUUCGCGAGGCCGGGGCAGCGGAGGGCAAUCUGCCCUUCCUCUUCAAGGUGCUCGCGAUCCAGAAAGCGUUGAGCAUCCAGACGCAUCCGGACAAGAAGAUGGCGGAGGAGCUGCACCGGACACGGCCUGAUGUGUACAAAGAUGCAAAUCACAAGCCAGAGAUGGCCAUCGCGCUCACUCCGUUCACUGCUCUCUGCGGCUUCCUCCCGCUUUCCCAGAUCGAGGUCUACCUUUCCUCCACACCUGAGCUCGCGGCGCUCAUCCCACCCACCACCGCCUCCAACUUCCGCUCCAUCGCAUCCUCCACUGAUGCCGCAAGCCCUACAGUCAAGAUUGCGCUCAAGGAUCUCUUCUCUGCGGUCAUGACGGCCGAUGAGCCAACGUUCAAAGCGCAGCUUGAACGGCUAGUACAGCGGUACGAGAGCGGCGGGGAGACGGAAGCAGAGAAGGGGGUGAAGGAGCUCGUGCUGAGAUUGUACGGCCAGUUUCCAGGGGAUAUCGGAGUGUUCUGCGCGUUCUUGCUCAAUUACGUGAAGAUGAGCCCAGGGGACGCCAUCUUCCUCGCUGCGGGUGAGCCGCACGCGUAUGUCUCAGGAGAUAUUAUGGAAUGCAUGGCAACCUCGGACAAUGUCAUUCGCGCCGGCCUCACGCCCAAGCUGCGGGAUGUGCCCAACCUCGUCGCUGGGCUGACCUAUCGAGCGGGCGAUCCUGGCAGGCACCUAGUUCGUCCCGUACGCUUCGAUUCCGCCGCGCACACGCGGCUUUACGACCCGCCCAUCUCUGAGUUCAGUGUGCUGCAUGUGGAACUGCCUGGGAACGAGACAGAGGUGCAUCCGGGCAUAGAGGGCCCGAGCAUCGCGAUCGUCACGGAGGGCAGAGGCGCGAUAGAGUGGGCCGGUGGGGAGCGGAUGGAGGUGAGGGAGGGCGAGGUGGUGUUUGUCGGGGCGGGCGCUGAGGUGCGGUGGGUGGCAGGCCCGGAGGGGUUGGCGGUGUAUCGGGCGUUCGUGGAGGCGGCAUGA